UGUCAGCAGCAGCAGCAUCCUGUCACAAGCUCUCUGUGAAAGAAGGAACUAGAGCAGUAGAAGUACUCGCCGGAACGCAGUGUGCAGAAUGUCAAGCUCCCUGGUCGUGUGUGAGGUGGACCCGAGCCUUCAAGAGAAGCUGAAGAAGUUUCGCUUUCGGAAAGAGACCAACAAUGCUGCCAUACUGAUGAAAAUUGACAUGGAGAAACAACUGGUCAUCCUAGAAGAGGAGUAUGAGGACAUCUCACUGGAUGACCUGAGGGAGGAACUUCCUGAACGGCAGCCCAGAUACAUAGUGUACAGCUAUAAGCUGACGCACGGUGAUGGUAGAGUGUCCUAUCCGCUGUGUUUCAUCUUCUCCAGCCCUGUGGGCUGCAAACCUGAGCAGCAGAUGAUGUACGCCGGCAGCAAGAACAGACUGGUCCAGUCAGCAGAACUCACCAAGGUGUUCGAGAUCCGAAAUGCAGAUGACCUGUCUGAGGAGUGGCUGAAGGAAAAACUUUCUUUCUUUCGCUGAUUUAUACUGGACUGACCACAGACUUCUGAAAGAGAUCACAGUUAUUAGUUUUAAGCUUUAAAAAAAAAUAAUUUAAAUGAUGAUAUAUUGUUAAAUACACUUAAAGCAAUGCCUUCCAACAUCUUGUCAGAUUCAGACGUUUAACUUUACUUUAUUUAAAAAGGUUUCACCUCAUUUUGGACUUCCGACUGAAUUUUAAUGCGUGAAAAAUUACCCUUAUUUGUUUCUCACAGAUGUUUUAUAGGAGCCUAUUAUCAGCACUAAGCAUGAAAUACAGAUUUAGAUAUAAAGACAGCAAUGUUACAAAAUAAUAAAACAAAAAUCUUAUUUCUUAUAGUGACCUAGCUUUAUUGCCAAAUACGUUUUAAAUCUACAUUAUGCAUAAAUGGCAGCAGCUUUCAAUGCUCAAUAACUCAGGAUGUAUUAGAUUAUUAUAUAACUGUUUACUAGUCUGUGAAUAGUGUUGUCCUUUUUUUGUGUAAUGACCAUUUUCUAUUGUGUCUAUAUUGAUUAAAAUCUAUAUUGAUUGACCUGA